GGCGGAGUUCAGUAAUUUGGUUUAUGUGGGUGACAGCGGAGAAGUGGUAGAGUAGGGUGUGUUGCGGGACAGAGUCGGUUGGGGCAGGGUCACAGCGGGCACCAGCCCCGCCCAGCUACCCUAGGGCACCAGGAUAAAGUCAAAGCUGCUCACCCAGGAGGACAGUGAACUCAAUCCCGGGCACCAACACCAUGCCUAUGACACUGGGUUACUGGGACAUUCGUGGGCUGGCUCACGCUAUUCGCCUGCUCCUGGAAUACACAGACUCAAGCUAUGAGGAGAAGAGAUAUACCAUGGGCGACGCUCCUGACUAUGACAGAAGCCAGUGGCUGAGUGAGAAAUUCAAACUGGGCCUGGACUUUCCCAAUCUGCCCUACUUAAUUGAUGGGUCACACAAGAUCACCCAGAGCAACGCCAUCCUGCGCUACCUUGCCCGCAAGCACAACAUGUGCGGGGAGACAGAAGAAGAGAAGAUUCGCGUGGACAUUUUGGAGAAUCAGGCCAUGGAUGUCUCCAAUCAGCUGGCUAGAGUCUGUUACAGCCCAGACUUUGAGAAACUGAAGGCAGAGUACUUGGAGCAGCUCCCCGGAAUGAUGAAGCUCUUCUCACAGUUCCUGGGGGAGCAGACAUGGUUCGUUGGUGAAAAGAUUACUUUUGUAGAUUUCCUUGCUUAUGACAUCCUGGACCUGCACCUAAUAUUCGAACCCAAGUGCCUGGACACGUUCCCAAACCUGAAGGACUUCGUGGUGCGCUUUGAGGGACUGAAGAAGAUCUCCGCCUACAUGAAGACCAGCCGCUUCCUCCGAACACCUCUGUAUACAAGGGUGGCCACGUGGGGCAAUAAGUAGAGGUGGGAGGCAGUAAGUAGAUGGGGCAGGAGGGAGAAUGAGGAAUCUGGGGCUCCAGGAAUAGUUGUAC